CCCAGUGAAAAGAGCUCUCUCGGGGGGGAAACAAGCAGGACGACCAUGGCGGAAGAAAGUUCUUACUGUUGAACACUUUUUUUUCCACUUUCUGUCACUUCCGAAAAAGCGCGCAGGGGCUAAAGGUGGAUUUUUUUAAAACUUAUUUUACUUUCCAAACAAAGUCGUAAAUCUCCAAACAUAGCCCGGAAAGUUAGCUCGUUAGCCCGGGAUAGCACGUUAGCAUGCUGGGCUAGCACGUUAGCAUCCUCGGCCGGCGACGUUCGGGAGAAAAAGAGGCCGGCCCGAGAGGCGACCCCAGGCGGCUACAAGUGGCGAGGAAUGUCGCCUCCCGGGAUUGCCUUCACCUACGGAUGAGAAGGGGAUUGGGGCGCGCGGAGAGCAACGGACGAGCGGCGCCAUGUCGGCCAGCCCGUCGGAGUCCCGAGGAUGGCCGCGCUCGGUGGUGUGGCGGCCGGGGGGAUUCUUCCUCUUCUUCCCGCUGCUGCUGCUGCUGCUGCUGCUGCUGCUGGAGGGCGGCCUCGGCCUCGCCAGCCCGGGCAGCCUCGCUGGGCUCGGCAGCAACAACCGCAGCGUCAACAUUUACUUGAGUGUGGAGGAGGUGAAAAAACUACUGGGUCUGGAUGCAGAGCUUUACUACGUCCGGGACGACGUUGUCAAUCAUUACGCGCUGUCCUUCACUCUGCCGGUCCCCAGUGAGACCAACAGCCUUCACUUCACGUGGCACUCCAAGUCCAAGGUGGACUACCAACUAGGUUUCCUCCUAGAGAACCCUGUUGCCAUGAACCUUCCGCGGAGCAACAUCACCAGCCAAGGGGAGGUGCCUCGCGUUCCCUCCGUUUUUCGAGUGGACCUUUUCUGCUCCGGCAAGAUUGACGGCGAGGCGGUGGUGACGCUGCAGCUCAAUCUGAGCAUCCAGGCCAACAACUACACAGUGCUCAACUUCAAGAGGAGGAAAAUGUGCUACAAAAGAAUAGAUUCCGACCCCAAAGUUCCAUUCCCUUUCAACAACCACAGCCUCCCCACCCUCCAGCAGCCUGACUCAGAUGGCGUGACCGCGCCCACCACCUCCACUCAGGUGUUCUACAUCAGUGUCAGCGUGUGCUGCAUCGUCAUCUUCCUGGUGGCCAUCAUCCUGGCCAUCCUGCACCUGCACAGCAUGAAGAGAGUAGAGAUGGAGGACAGCGUGAGCGACAGUGGAAGCUCUCAGAGACUCUCUCAGCCAUCCACGCAGACCACACAGUACCUGAGGGCCGACACUCCCAACAAUGCAGCCCCCGUGUCCAACAACCACCCUGGCUCUGCACCCAUACUCCAGCUCGCUGCCUCCUCCUUCCAAAACCCCGGCGCCCCCCCUCACGAAACCAAAAGCUACCCAUCUCUCCGCAUCGAGAAGAACGACCUGAGGAGCGUCACUCUCACAGAGGCCAAAGCCAAAGUGAAAGACAUCGCCAUUUCCAGGGAGAGAGUCACUCUGCGAGAUGUCUUGCACGAAGGCACGUUUGGCCGCAUCUUCCAUGGCGUGCUGCUGGACGAGAAGGACCCCAGUAAGGAAAGGCCGGUCUUUGUGAAGACCGUGAAAGAUCACGCUUCUGAGGUCCAGGUGACCAUGAUGUUGACUGAAAGUUGCAAGCUUCGCGGUCUUCAUCACAGAAACUUGCUGCCUGUCAGUCACGUGUGCACAGAGGACGGCGAGAAGCCCAUGGUGCUGCUGCCUUUCAUGGCCUGGGGGAACCUGAAGCUGUUCCUGCGCCAGUGCAAGCUGGCUGAAGCCAACAACCCGCAGGCCGUCUCUCAGCAAGACCUGGUCUACAUGGCGAUCCAGAUCGCGUGCGGAAUGAGCUACCUGGCCCGGCGAGAGGUCAUCCACAAAGACCUGGCCGCCAGGAACUGUGUCAUCGACGACAACAUGCAGGUGAAGAUCACGGACAACGCCCUGGCCCGGGAUCUCUUUCCCAUGGACUACCACUGCCUGGGGGACAACGAGAACCGGCCCGUGCGCUGGAUGGCUCUGGAAAGCCUGCUGGACAACGACUUCUCCAGCGCCAGCGACGUGUGGGCUUUUGGCGUGACGCUGUGGGAGCUGAUGACGCUGGGCCAGACGCCGUACGUGGACAUCGACCCCUUUGAGAUGUCCGCCUACCUGAAGGACGGAUACCGGAUAGCACAGCCCAUCAACUGUCCCGAUGAACUGUUUGCGGUCAUGGCGUGCUGCUGGGCUCUGGACCCCGAGGAAAGACCCAAGUUCCAGCAGCUGGUGCAGUGUCUCACAGAGUUUCACGCGGCGUUGGGGGCUUACGUGUAACAGCCCCGCCCCCUUUUUGACGAACAGCUGCACGAGAAGCUUCUACUGGACUCAGUGUGCCUUUGUUCUACCGUCAUGUUCUAUAGGAGGAAGUCCCAGGACUCACCACAUGGAAUAUUCCCUGUCGGGUGUGGCUGACAUCACCACACUUUUCUCAGCUCUCUGAAGAAAACUCACACAGCUUCUCUUUUUGCCGGAUAAUUCCACGCAAUGUCGCACACCUCAGGUCAGUGCGGGACAGGAAGUACUGCUCAUACACAAAGUCAACAUCUGCUUGAUUUUCACAAUAAAACAGUGCUUUGUAUUAAGA